AUGAGGUUCUCUUCAUUGUUUGGGCCGGCGACUGGCUGGCCCUCGCUUCUGGCUCUUUUCCCGACCAUUCACGCCCUGUCAUUCGAGGCAGUCUCCGUUCCGGAACUGGAUCUGUCAUCGCUGGGACGGGUUUCGAUCACUGGUGAUUUCGACGGUGUUUCCCUCUACCAGUACAAGGGACAAUCCGAAUCAAUUCCCCAAGAUGGCACCCAGGCUCUCCUCACCCCGCUACCGAACGGCAUCCUCACGAACCUGUCCUCGUCCGACGCGCAAAUCCUGGCUAUGUGCCCCUUCACCCAAAAAGACGGCACCUUCUCCGGAAUCUUUGUCGGUGGUAACUUCACCACUCUCGGUGGCGUGGAUUCGCCUGGCGCCGCCCUGUUCAACCCAAACACUAGCAAGGUCACUGCCUUGCCGGGCCUUUCGGGCUCGGUAGCAGCGGUGGUCUGCGACCAAGCAACUAACCGGGUUUACGUCGGAGGAGAUUUCACACACGACAACACGACGAACGCCGUUUCCUGGGUGCCCGGUGAUGGCUGGACUGACCUGUCGUUCAACGGCCUCAACGGGCCAGUCAACUCGAUUUUGAAGGCAGACAACGGCCAUAUCGUCUUUGGAGGAUCAUUCGACGCUCUCGGUAACAGCACCAGCUCGUCGAGCAAGCGACAAGUCCUCAACCUUCAAAAUGCGACCGUCACCUCCGAUGCGGAUUCCUCCCUUGACGGCUACUCCGACCCACGUAACAUUAUCUGUUCAACCAGCGGUGAGGCCGCCAAAGGCUCGACUUACCUUCUACACGAUUAUGCGCCCGGAUUCUGGAGAGCAGACCUUGGUUUCGAUUUCUUCCCGACGAAGAUUCGUCUCUACAACACCCAUAUGGAUGGACGCGGCACCAAGGACUUUUUGCUUCGAGCUCUUCCCGACAAUGGUAUCAUGAACUUGACUUACACCGAUGACUCUGGCAACAAAGUCAGCUGUGACUCGUCUUGCCCUCUUUCCAGCAGCACCACUUCCAAAUACCGCGAAUUCACCAUGGUUAACCCCGUUGGUAUGCAGGGUCUCCAGAUCGAAAUCCUUGAUUGGUAUGGAAAGGGCGCUGGUUUGAACGGCAUUGAAGUUUUCCAGGAUCAAAUCCUCACAUACGCUAUUGACCAAUACAACGAGCCGACUUGUGCAGGCAUUGAAUAUCCCGCUCAGUCAUCGCGCACUGGCGAUUGGACCAUUGAGUCUGGGUAUGUGUCUGCAAAGACUACGAACUCCGACGCCUCGGAUACAUCUGUCACUUUCCGACCUGACAUCAAGAAGUCCGGAAAUUACACAAUUUUGAUGUACACUCCUGGUUGCACUCAGGACAACAGUUGCAGCUCGCGAGGUAUCGUCAACGUCACUGCUACUUUGUCAAGUGGCUCCGAUUCCGACCAACCCGAACCCAAGUACAUCCACCAGACCAACAACGACGACAAGUACGACACUUUCUACACCGGCUACGUGGAUGCCAGCAGCGACUCCUUCCGACCCGAGGUCAAGCUGCGGGCACAGGAUGGUCAAGGAGAUGUCACCAUUGUUGCAUCCCGUGUUCGUUUCCAGCUUUUGAACAGCACAGGGGGUCUCAAUGGACUCUAUGAUUAUGACCCGACUUCCAAGUCUUCCGAUACCUCAGACCUCACCAAAUCAGACAUCAACAAGGCUGGCACUUCGCUUAACCACAAUGCUUCGAUCUCCAGCAUCAAGGAACACGAUGGCGUGCUUUAUGUGGCAGGUAACUUCUCCGAUAGCAAGCUGCAUAACAUCAUGACGAUCACAGAUGGCAAUGCCACAGCUAUGUCUGGUGCUGGGUUCAACGCCCCAGUGCUGGCAAUGGCUGAGCUCGACGAUGUCCUCUAUGUUGGCGGUCGCUUUACCGACACGUCGGAUGGAGGCGUCGACGGGUUGAGCCGUGUUGCGGCCUACUCUUUCUCAUCAAAGAAGUGGUCUUCACUGGGCGCAGGAGUGAACGGUCAGGUCAACUCGAUCUGGCCUGUUCAACUGAACGUUUCAACUGCGAUCAACGAGACAAUCCUUGCUGUGAGCGGUGAUUUCGACCAGAUCCUUGCUACCAAUGGCAACCCCGCGGUCUCAGUGGCUGGCCUUGCCAUAUGGGUUCCCUCACGCAAGGAUUGGAUUCAAAAUCUCAACGUCACGCAGAUGGAGUACGGUGGUCAACUGUCGGCCUUUGCUACCCACAACGAUACACUGAUUCUGGCUGGUAACAUUGCCACCAAUGGGGUUACUGCUGGUGGUGCCGUAUCACUGCUUGAGUCUGGCGAAUCGCUUCUUCCUCUUUCUAUGAAGUUCAACCACAAGAACUCCAGCAGCGGCUUGAUUGCUGGCGCGUAUGACACCGAUUCGGACCGCAACCUUACUAUCUACGGCGGCCACUUCACUGCCGCUGGUAGCAAUGGGUCCUCAAUCGAGAACAUUGCGAUUUUCAACGGCAGCGAUGAUAGCAUCUCAGGACUGCCCACAGGCAUCGACAGUAACUCAACAUUCGUUACAAUGCUUGUAUACAACAACACACUUUACGCCGGUGGAAAUGUGACCGGAAACAUCAGUGAUACCUCGCUGGGCGGUCUCGUUGUGUACGAUCUGUCCGACAAAGUGUUUGAAGAUAUCCAGCCAUCGUUUGGAGGCGACAACGUCGCUGUCAACUCUAUCACCAGACGCCCAGGCUCAUCCGACAUCUUCUUUGGAGGAAAUUUCGACGCUGUCGGCCAAUUCCCUUGUCCUUCUGUCUGCUAUGUUGAUUCCCGCACUAACGACUGGAGUCGACCUGGUCUGACGCUCAGCGGCAACGUUUUGGAACUCCAGUGGGCCAGCCAAAACACGCUGAUGGCUAUUGGUAACCUCAAGGUUUUGAACAACGAGACUUCCAUCGCCACCUACAGCAAGAAGUCCGAAGAAUGGUCUACUUUCCCCGGAGCAUCCAAAUCGGAAAUCCCCGGAAAUGUGACCGUGUUCACUCCUGCCCGGGAAGAUCUGUCUCAGUUCUGGAUUGGAGGUACGUCCACCAAUGGAUCUGCCUUCUUCUUGAACUACGAUGGAUCCAAGUUCCAGUCCCCCGGAAACCUGUUCUCCGAGGGUACUGUCAUCCGUGGCAUGGAGAUUCUUCCCAUCAGCAAGGAUCACUCCGCGACUACAUUGUUGGACAACUCCCAGACUCUGUUGAUUUUGGGAUCACUCGUGAUUCCGAACUUUGGCAACGCGUCUGCGGCCUUCUACAAUGGCACUGACUUGACCCCCUUCAUCCUUUCAUCGCAAGCCAAUGGCGAGUCGGGUAGCAUGUCGAAGUUCUUUUCUCAGAAGCAAAACCCUUACACCACGACAACCAAACACCACUCCAACGGUAUCGCUGUUCUGGUUGCAUUCUGCUGUGCCCUUGGCUGCGUCUUCCUCAUCGUGCUGGCCGGAGUUAUCCUGAACAAGGUGCAACGUCGUCGCCAGGGCUAUGCAGCAGCACCCCAAACCUUUGGCACCGACCGACCCUCCGACAUGCAGCGGUUGCCCCCAGAGUAUCUCUUCAACUCGCUCGGCCAAACCAACCCUGGUGCUCCCGCACUCUAA